UUCAUAUGUACUACAACGCACCUACUCCAUCAUACUCUACAUUAGGUACCUAACGCAGUAUGAAUUUUAAUGGAUUGGACGAGAUAAUACCUCAAACUUACAUCCUGUCAUUGUGACAUUGUCGGCCCACAUCCCACAUCCCAAUUAUCAUGACAAUAAGUGCUAAACAUUACCUACUAUCUAAUACCUAACGCAAAUGGCAGUAUUAUCGUGUCGUUUAGUAUCGAUAUGGCUAUUAUCGCUACUCUCGAUCAGGACAGCCCUGGCUAUACCACCUCCACAUCCUAUGAUUACACCGGCUCCCGACCUAAGUAACCGAGUAGAAGUAAACCGCCGCUUCGAACCCGGAAGUUACAUUCACAGCAUAAUAGACAGCCUUGGGAGCGAUGUCUCCAGCUAUGUAGCAUCAGGCGUACCACAGUUCUUCCAAGACUUCCCUAGUGGUGAAGCUGUUGCGAGCUCUCUUGGAAUCCAUAACUCGGACCUAGAUGCUAAGCCGACUCAGGUUCUAAAUAUCCCAGCAUACGCGAACUGGACCGAAGAAGGAUGGAACGUUCGAGUGCAUGGAAACGUAUACAAGCAACCUGAUAUCUCGCAAAAGAAACUCGAUGAUCUCGCCAAUGUGUUUCUCAUCGAUGUAGAUAUAGAUGAGCUGUCCGAACCAGAGCAAAAGCAAGCUCGAAAUUUGACAGCUUCAAUCUUUGUCGUCCAGCAGGGAGAUUUGAAUGUCACUAUCGACUUCGAGAAUGAUGUUGACGUUCGUCCGAAUGCAAGCGGCGGCGUGGUCAAUGCUGAGGGCGGUGCGCAAUCCGUCGAUCUUCCGUAUAAAACAACAAAUGAAGGUGACUUUGACGCUUUCGUCGUCCUUCAGAACAUAACUGGCCCCAAUAAUGGACACCUGAUGGCCGGCGAUGAAACUUCAUCCAUUCAGGCUCUCAACAUGUACGCCAGGGGAACCGACACAGGAAACGCGACGGCCUACCUGGUGCCGCCAACAGGCUUUACGAUAAUCUCUGAUAUUGAUGACAUUCUCCGUGUCACCAAGAUCUAUGACCCAAAGGAAGGUCUUUUAAACUCAUUCGCACGAGAAUUUACUCCCUGGAGGAAUAUGCCGGACAUCUACGCCAACUGGUCUGCCACGAUCCCGAAUUUCCACUUUCAUUACCUCACCACGACACCGGAGCAGGCGACGAGGAACUACAUGGAAUUCAUCUACAAGACGUACCCCCUCGGCUCAUUCGAUACGCGGCCGCUGAACUUUUCGGACGUUUCAGCGACGCUAUCAAUACGUAAGGCGCUACUGGACAAGGUCUUCCAAACCUUUCCGCAGCGGAAAUUUGUCCUUAUGGCCGACACGUCCAACUCAGACGUCAUGAAGGACUACCCGCAGCUAGUGCACGACUACCCGGGACAGGUACAGUGUAUAUUCCUACGCAACACAUCAGCAACGGACAGCUCGGACCUGUUCCCCUACGACACCUCGGGCUUCAAGGGGAUCGACCAGAGGCAGUAUAUGUUCUUCGUCACGCCCGACGAUUUGAGAAACGUGGAUAUUGUCGGGGGAAAUUGCCACAACCAGGCUGUCGUCCAGAAUGUGACGUUUGGGUAUCAGUGGAGCGGGCUCGGGAAUGCUGCGUCGUCUUCUCGGUGUUGGAAUUGGACUUGGGGUUGGCUGUCGGUGAUAGCGGCGCUCUUCUUGCUUCUUUGAUUGGGGCUUUUACUGGGUGCGUUACGCGGAUAUUGGAACGUCGCUGGAAGAUUGAUGGACUUUGACCGUUCAUACUGUAUAUCCCGAGUUGAAAGAUUGAUUAUGAUUAGCUUGUCUUCCUUCAUUUUCUAAUUAUUAACCUUAGAGAGAAUACGACUGUUAAAAGGUCUUGACUAGAGACUAUACCUACCGUGUCACUGUUAAUGCCGGACGCGUCUGGGAUAUGAUCUCUUCUUGGCGACUUUAUCCGACCACAAAGCUGACAAAUGAAGGAAAUAAAUCGUCAAAUAGUUUAAUCCUAUAAGCUAUUGUAUCAGCUACCUUUCCUCGUUCCAACGUUGGGAUCGACUGUGCUGACAACGAUUACAUCAAAAUUAUUGUUUUUCUUAUGUAAACGGCUCCGAUUCCUCAUUUCAUUCAUGUCUUCUAACGAGUCGUGUUAUUAGUAAACGUCUCUGACUAAAAAGGCAUGGGUCGGCUGUUGCA